AUGUCAGAGAAGAUUGAUCAUAUUACUAGUAUCACUAGUACUGGAAACAGACAUGAUGCUGCCGACCAUGAAGUUGAUCUUCAGGCUGUUAGAUCAGAGCAGUACGCCGUGGAAGGGAUUGCUGAAGACCUUACCUUAGAGCAGAAGUACUAUAUCAUUAAAAGAUUGAACUAUGAGAACCUUGAGAAUUUCGAGGACUUGCCAGCAACUGCCGCCUUUAUUUUGGAGAAGAUCGAACAUUUGAGUGCUGCCGAAUCCGAGGUAAUUUUAAAAGAUUUCUUGGAAGAGCAUGACGGAGACAUCAAUGUUUCGAUCGAAGAUUAUGACUUUGUAAAGACCUUGGUUGACUACCCUGGAAAAGAGACCUCUGGAAAGGUGAACUUUAAUAAUUCUUCAAGUGACGAGAAACAAGAAGCAGUCGUCAGAGAACAUUCGCUUUCGUCUGAAGAGUCUGGAGCAACUAACAAAAUAUUCGAUUGGGAUUUGCAAAUUCGUACUGAGGCUGCUCUUGUGGCUUACUGGUCUCCUUACGCUGAAGUGAGAGCUGUUACCGACCCAUUCGACGACCCCGAAACUCCAUGUGAAACAUUCAGAGUUUACGUCAUUGGUAUAAUUUGGGUCGUCCUUGGUACAGUUAUUGGCCAAUUCUUUGUUGAAAGACAGCCUGGUAUCUCUUUGUCCUCAGCAGUUGUGCAACUUUUUGUUUUUCCUUGCGGAAAACUCCUUGAAGCUAUUUUACCCGCUAAGAAAAUCAACAUCUGGAGAUGGUCUAUUGACCUUAACCCUGGCCCUUGGAGUCAUAAGGAACAGAUGCUUGCUACACUUUGCUACAGUGUCAGUGGUGGUGCAGUUUAUGCUACAUACUUCAUCAACCUUCAGAAGUUAGACAGAUUCUACGCUAACCCAAGCUUUAAGAUUGGUGCUCAAUUCCUUAUGGUUUUCGCCUCUAACUUCAUGGGUUUUGGAUUUGCAGGUGUCUUCAGAAAGUAUGUUGUAUAUCCUACUGCUGCCAUUUUCCCUAACCUUCUUCCAACCCUCGCCAUCAACAGAGCAUUGGCACAACCAGAGAAGAAAGAGACAAUCAACGGCUGGAGAAUCUCGCGUUACAGUUUUUUCUUGAUUGUCUUCGGUGCCUCGUUCUUGUAUUUCUGGGUUCCUGACUAUCUUUUCCAGGCACUUUCAACGUUCAACUGGAUCUCCUGGGCUGCCCCAAACAACUUCAAUGUUGCAAUUAUUUCUGGAUCUCAGACCGGUUUGGGGCUCAACCCGAUCACCACCUUUGAUUGGAACUACAUUCUUGGUGCGCCAUUGAGUGUCCCAUUUUUUGCCACUAUUAACAACUACUUGGGUUCCUUGGUUGGUUUCAUCUGUAUUGUCGGUCUUUAUUGGUCGAAUUAUAAGUGGACAGCAUACUUGCCUAUCAACUCGAACCUGAUCUUUACAAACACGGGCCAAUACUACUCUGUCACGGCGGUGUUGGAUAGCAACCAAAAGCUUGACCAGGAAAAGUAUGAGCAGUUAGGACCACCAUUUUAUUCUGCCGCUAAUAUGGUUGCCUACGGUACUUUCUUUGCAUUGUACCCAUUGAACUUCUUUUAUGUCAUUCUCACCGAAUGGAAGAAGAUUCUGUUUGCAACCGUCUCCUUGUUCAAGUCUUUCAACUUCAAGAGAAGAAGCUCAACUUAUGAAGGUUUUGAUGAUCCUUUUUCCACCUCUAUGAAAGUCUACCCAGAAGUUCCUGAAUGGUGGUUUUUCAUUAUUUUGAUUAUUUCUAUCGUGUUUUCCAUCAUCACUGUUGAGGUCUAUGAUUUACAGACCCCAGUAUGGACAAUUUUCUUUGCACUCGCUUUGAACUUCGUCUUCUUGCUUCCAUUCGUCAUAGUUUAUGCGUCAACCGGUACAAGUAUGUCGAUCAACGUCUUGCUUGAGAUGAUUAUUGGAUAUGCUUUACCAGGUAACGGUACCGCUUUGAACUAUGUUAAGACUCUUGGUACCAACAUUGAUGCCCAGGCUGAGAACUAUAUCACCAACCAAAAGCAAGCCCACUACUGGAGAAUCGCUCCAAGAGCACUCUUUAGAGUACAGGUGGUGUCUGUUGUUCUCAACAGUUUGGUUUCCGUUGGUAUUUUGAACGUUACAUUGAACACCAUUGAUGACUACUGUAUGCCUGGUCAAUCCCAAAAAUUUACUUGCCCUGGUACAAACACCUUCUACUCUGCAUCAGUGCUUUGGGGUGUCAUUGGCCCCAAGAGAGUCUUUGGUGGUCUUUAUCCUAUCUUCCAAUGGUGUUUCUUGAUUGGUUUCUUGCUUGCUUUCCCUUGCUGGGCUGCUAAGAGAUAUUUCGGGAAGUAUGCGGUAGUGAAGUAUUUCCAUCCGGUUGUAUUUGCUGCUGGUUUGAUGAACUUCGCACCAUAUAACCUCAGCUACUACACACCAGCUCUCUACUUGUCGUUUGUUUUCAUGUACUACUUGAAGAGUAACAAGCUUGCGUGGUGGCAGAAAUACAACUAUCUUCUUUCAGGAGGUCUUUCAGGAGGUAUUGCUUUUAGCAGUAUCAUUAUCUUCUUUGCUGUGCAAUACCAUUCGAAACCAAUUUCUUGGUGGGGUAAUAAUGUCAACGACAAUGUUCUUGAAGCCACUUACCCUUCAAGACUCAAUGCUACAUUAGAUGCCCCUGGUGGAUACUUUGGACCAAGAGCCGGCCAUUACCCAUAA